AGGAGGCAAUUUAAGCGAAAUCCCAAUUAAUCUGUUUAAAUCAGGAUGAUAAUUUUUUAGGAUGAGAUUGGGAUGAUAACGAUAACAUUUGAAAGGCUGCACAAGCAUUUCAACCUUCAACAUAUAAAAAACGACGCUUCUGCCACUUUCCAUUCAAAUUAGGAACAGUAAUGGUGACACAAAUGGCUCAAACCCUCAGAGGGUUAAGCCCUCCUCUAUGCCGAGCUGGUUUUAAUGGUGAAAUCAAGUAUUGCCGCUCAGUAGCCUCGUUGAUGAGGGCUAGGCCUGGGGUUUCUUUAGCUUCCUCUUCUCGUCAGCUGCUGCAAGGUGCUCAAUUUUUAAAUUUUCGAGCUUCAGGCCUAAGGGUAUGGAAGCAUACAAGUUUUUCAGCAGUGCGAUGUGAGCAGAGCACUGACAAGGGAAACGAUUUGAGCGUAUGGUUGGGCCGCAUCGCAAUGCUUAGUUUUGCUGCGGCUAUUACAGUGGAGAUAACUACGGGAAAGGGCCUUUUACAGAAUAUUGGACUUACUUCUCCCCUGCCAACAGUUUCUUUGGGACUCACAGCUGCAAUCGGAAUUCUGACUGCAUAUUUCAUUUUUGACUCUGGUUCUAAAGACUGAUUACUGAAUAUGUACCAUAAUUUGUUGAAUUUGGUAAAAAAAAUGGUCUUGUAAACGCAUGUAAUUUGAAUGGGUAUUGCUGCACCAUCCCUAUUUCCUAUAUUCUGUUGUUUCCUGCUCUGAUAUAUUUUCUAUAUUUGGGUAGUUCAGUUCAGUGUGAUUAUCAAUCAAAUUUCAUGACUCAUUAUCAAUCA